AGUGGUCUACUAUGGUAUAUAAACAAGGCUCACGAGCUUUAUGCUUCUCAUCUGACUGCAAACUUUGGCAAUAAUAUUUACAUACUCGUUCUGUGUCAUUUGACCGUCUGUUGACAUGUGGAAAAAGUCGCAAUUCACGGCAUAUAAAAAGGUGGAGAGCGAUGAACAAGAUAGUGAAAAACAAAACACUUUCAAUUAUCAAAAGCUAUCUGAAUCAGAAACCAUGCCAGUCCACCAAAAAACCCGUAAAGGUUCAAACCAUUCAAAUGCUUCAACUGCAUCAACCUGUUCAACUACUUCAUCUUCAAAGCGAUAUACCUCUUCACAACAGUCAUUUGCCUUUGUGCCGCCCGUAUUUCCGGUCGUGCCACAGAAAUUUGUAUUUUUCGGAUAAUCAGCUGCUCAAGGAACCUCUUUGAGAAUAAUGUAUAAAUGUAUUUUCUGUAAUUAAAGAUAAUAUUAAAUAAAUUAUAUUUCAUCCAA